CCGACGGAAGACGCCAUAUUUCAUCGAGCUAAAACCAGGAAGAACGAAGUAAAAAAGGGUCUUCAGCCGUCUGUGAUGGACUCCAGGUCUCAGAAGCUCCCCUUCUGCCUGUCCAGCCCGAGGUCCUCCUACACCGUGUCCAGCCCCUCUGUCUCGUCCACGUUGGGCUCCGGGGCUCGGCUGUACGGCAGGGAACCGGCGCUGAACCGAGACCGCCUCCCGAGGGCCUCGUCGCCGUACAAACCGGACCUGGAUAAACAGAGUUUUCGUCUCCUCGGCUCGUCCAGAGAUCACGGUGGUUCUGACUCUCGCUCUCCCAGCUGGAAGCUGCCGUCUCUCUCUCCCUCCAGCAGGCGGUACGAUCGGCAGUGGGCGGAGUCUCCUCUGAGCAGCCGGAGCAAAGCGACGGCGGCUGAGGGAAGGCUGGGGCUCUCCUCUGGUUUCUUGAACUCCAGCGACGAUGCUGAAUCAAAACGAGCCAAAGUGUCGUACAGCAGCCGAGGGCUGUACUCCAGGACCCCCGGCGCUUCGGCUGCAGGGUCCGCUUACUGCGGUGUCAGGGAAGCUCCUGGAUCCAACGAGGYCCUGGGCUCGUCCUGGACCCCGUACCGUUUGCUGUCCAGGUCCUCGUCCUCGAAGACGCUGCUGUCCUCCAGAGAGCAGGACACCAAGAACGAGACCAGCCGGUCCAGUUUGUCAGAGAGACGAGUUCGGACUCCUGGACUGACGUCCUCGCUGUAUCAAACGGACCGGGUGACGUCGACGUACGCACAAGGAGCUCGCCCUAAAGAGACGACCUCCUCCUUGUCCAGGGAAAGCUCUCUGAAUCGGACCUUCCUCUCCUCCUCCUCCUCUUCCUCCUCCUACUCCUCCUCCUCACAGCGUUCGGCUCCUCGAUCUCGUGACUUCAGCGGUGGACCCUCGUCUCGUUUCAGGAGCGGCUCGUCUCUUCUCUCAUCUCAGGAACAAACCCGCAGCCCSGACUCCUCCUCCUCUUCCUCUCGUGCCCACUCGUACUCCACGCCGGUGGUCCGGGCCCCGCCCACGAGGUCGACCCCCRCCGUCGGGGAGCUGGAGGGCCGCGGCUCCACGCGCCGCCUCCUGUCCCGCCUCUUCUCGCGGCGGUCCAGCCAGGACUCGUCCAGCGGGUCGUCCCGCUCCCAGGAGGACGACUCUCCGUCCACCAGCGGGGACUCUGUGGACAGCGAGGAUGGAGCCAGGACCGCCCACGUCCCGGAGACCACCUCGGACCGGGCCAACCUGUCCCCGAUCCAGGACCACGGGUACCGGAGCGCGGGGCGGUGUGGAGCGGCCUCGUGGAGAGAACCUGCGGUCGGAGGAGGAGGAGGAGGAGGAAGAAGCUGGUUGUCUUCAUCACUCCGAGGUCGCUGCCCCCCCCUCCUGUCCCGCCUCAGGCGAUACGCCCGAGGGGACACCGCCGCGGCCACGCCCRUCCCCGAGGACCGCCACCCACAGCGCUUACAUCACUGGUGGGAGGAGCCUGAGGAGGAUGAUGAAGACGACGAUGAUGAAGACGACGACGAAGAGGAAGGAGCGGCUGGUGUGGACUCGGUCUGUGCCGGUCCAGAUCACAGAUUUAAACCUCUUCCUGAGCUAGAAGACCCCUUCCCUUCGUUCUCACCGCGCCGCAGAGUCGACAGGUUYGAGCUCCAGGACCAGAACCAGAACCAGAGCAAGAUGCCGGAGUCCAGCAGGAACCAGGAGAAGCUGCGCAGGAUCAAAGAGAAGCUGCUGCUGGAGGACUCUGACGAGGAGGGGGACCUGUGCCGGAUCUGUCAGAUAAGGGAGGACGGGUCCUCGUCCAACCCCCUGAUCCAGCCGUGCCGCUGCACCGGCAGCCUGCAGUACGUCCAUCAGGACUGCAUCACCAGGUGGCUCCGCUCCAAGAUCUCCUCAGGCUCGAACCUGGAGGCCAUCACCACCUGUGAACUCUGCAAGGACAAGCUGCGCCUCAACAUCGACAACUUCGACAUCAACGAGUUGUACUGGGAGCACGAGCAGUCUGAGUACGACGAGCUGAUCAGCAGCGGACUCUACCUGGUGGUUUUGCUUCAUUUCUACGAGCAAAGGUUCUCCGACGUCCUCCGAGUGGUGGACACAGCCGGGCAGUUUUUCAACCUGGCAAGAUCUCUUCAUGAAUACAUGGACAAUCUGGAAACUCCUGACGGGGAAAGUGACGACGAGCGGCGAGACGGCCGACCCUCCGUCGACUUCUCYGACCUGGACGACGACCCGGAGGAGGAGUACUGACGGCGAGAAGCAGGAAGUGGGUCACAUGAUGUCAGCUUUUAUUUUAAAGUUUUUCUUCUGCACACGCUUUGGUGUCGUUCCGCUGCAGAGCGCACCUCGUUCUGCAGAUAUGCAAACUUUGAUUGAUUUAACGUAAAAACAUGUCUAUAAAAAGCACUUUCUGUCCUGA